CUCCCCCCUUCAGCCCUAAGCCCCCCCAGGACUCCGCCAGCCUGGCAGGGCCACUCAGCCACCCCUGGGGCAGCUCAGGGUGCCGCGCAGGGGCCUGGGGUGCAGCGAAGGCCUUGGGAGGGCUCCUGAGCAGCCCGGUGCUGGAAGAGCUGUUGAGUGGGGCAAAGCUCUUGCUGGUCAGUGGGAGAAAGAGAAAAGAUGACAAAAGCCAUGGUUUCUGUUAAGCUUGGGUAAACGUUAUGCAUUUAAUGUGACUGAGGGGCUCAGAGGCCAGACUGUGCAGUGUGGGGACAGGAAAGGGAUGUCCUGGGGACACGCAGGGCUGUCUGAACAUGGGGCUCCUUGGGAUGUCCUGAGGAGACAUGAGAGCAAAGUGGGGUCUGGAGACAUUCUGAGGGCAGCUGAGUGCCAAGGGCUGAGGCAGGUCUGUGUCCCCAGGGACACCCUGCCUGUUCCUGCCUGCGUGGUGGCUCCCUGGGACCCGUUGCUGGGGGCAGGUGCCAUGUCAACAAGCACUGGGACCUGUGGCUAGCGGCCGGUAGCGGGUCACAGAGGGGCCCUUUGUGACACCCACUGCAGCAGGUGUGCUCAGCACGACCGUGGCCCACGGUGGGUCAGUGUCCGUCAGGACGGCGACUGGAUAGGAGAGGAGUGCAGCGCUGGCGAGAAGCCCCCGACUGCAGUCCACGUCUUGUCCACGACCUCUGGUGGCCCCGUGCGAACGUGGAGUUUUGCUGAGGCGUUUUGCCGAAGCGUUUUUGCCUGAGGCAUUUGGGCCGAGGCCUUUUGGCCGAGGUGCUUUGCCUGAGGCGCUUUGCCUUGGCCUUUGGGCUGAGGCACUUUGCUGAGGCCUUUGGGCUGAGGCACUUUGCUGAGGCCUUUGGGCUGAGGCACUUUGCUGAGGCCUUUGGGCUGAGACACUUUUGCCUUGGCCUUUGGGCUGAGGCACUUUGCUGAGGCCUUUGGGCUGAGGCACUUUGCCUUGGCCUUUCGGCUGAGGCACUUUGCUGAGGCCUUUUGGCUGAAGCCUUUUGCUUUGGCCUUUUGGCCGAGGUCCUUUUCUGAGGCCUUUUGCCUGAGGCACUUUGCCUGAGGCGAUUUGGCCGCGGCAUUUUUUCUGAGGGUGUUCGACUCCACCAUUCGGACGCCCUCCGUAGGCAGGCUCCCCUGUGUUCUUUAAUUCACAGGAUGGAGAGGAGACCCCCCGCCUGCCCCAGGCAGGCCUGGAUGGAAGACAGCUCUUCCCAGGAGAGCCGCUCUCCAGGUCUGCAGCUUCCGUCCUCCUACGAGGUGACCACCAUGCAGCCCCUCAAGCUCGACACCAGCUGGUUGCCCAUCUACAAGGAGGAGCAGGAAGCUGUCGAUGCCAUCCUGGCCUUUGUCACCAGCCCCAACAAGGAGGAGAGAGACAAGGCCACAUUUCUCCGGAGCAUCUCUGUGCUGUGCAGGAGCGCCUUGAGCCACGGCCUGACCCAGGGCCUGGAUCUGCUUUGUGACACGUACCAGCUGGCAGAGAACAUCAAGGCGCUGCUGGAAGAAGAGCCAAGGGACCAGCUGUGCACAGACCUUCGGCAUCUUUCCAUGCUGGCUCUGGAGAAAUUGAGCUUGGUGGACACAGCGCUGGAGGGCAAAGCCAAAAGCCUCCUUCGCGCGUGCUUCUCAAGUGUCUUCUGGCUGCCUGCAGAGAAGGAAAUGCCAAAAGGGGACCUUGCCCUCUACAUCAAGACCCUGAACUCCAUGGACAGCAUGCUGAGGACAAUGGUGCUCAGCUUUCCUGCCUCUCGAGUCAGCGAGGAGCUGCAGGGCAUCUUGGAGCUGCUGCUGGACUUUACCGGAUCCGAGAGAGAGGCUGUCAGGGAGAGGGCCAUGGCAAGGAUCGAUGUGCUGACCUGUGUGCUGUCCGACUAUUCCACUCUGCAGGCCCAUGCCAACGACAGAAGAGGCACUGCUGGACCUGUCUGCUCUGGGGAGAUCCAGCUCCCGCUCCUAGGAAAGCUGCUGGGACGGCUCAUCCUUUUCCGGUUCUCUGAGGAGCCGACAUGCUAUGCAGCUUUCCACGCUCUUUUUGCCCUGGCUGAGUUCAUCUUCGAAUCCAGGCUAAAGGACAGAGCAGACCAAGUCCAGCGGGAAGCCGUGACCACCUCCGCGCUGUGUUCUCUGAGCCCCAGGGACUGUGCCAAGGCCUCCAGGGAAGCCCUUCUUGCUGCCGCCGAGCUGCUGAAGUGGAGGACGCUCAAGCACCUGCUGCAGAGAGAGCGGCUGUGGGAGCUUGGAGCGUGCUUGCUUCAGAACAGCAGGAGCAGGGCUGAAGACUUUAUCCAGCAGAGCCUGCCCUACCUGCAGGACCCUCAGGCCAACGUGCGCCUGGCGGCCGUCAGGUUCAUCGGACUCAUCACACGGCGCCUGAGGGAGCAGACCACGGAGAGUCAGGCUGACAUCCUGAGCGCACUUCAGCCCUUGGAAAAAGACUGGGACAUCUCCGUCAGCUCCCUGGCAGCUCGGACAACCUCCAUUCUGAGGAGUCCUUGGGUGCAGCAAAGACCAAGAGGCUUCCUGCGAGCACUGCGCUGCUGCUGGCCGUGAGCCCGGCAGAGGUGCAGCUUGCCUUGGCUAAAGGACUGGGGCUGAAUAAAGCUGGAACAACGUGCCCAAA